ACACAUAUACACACGCACGCACACGCACACACAUACACACACACACUUGCAACUUCUUCCAUUCAUUGCGCGAUAAUACUUUUAAUUCGCUUAUUAUUAUUUUUUAUUUUUUAUUCUGAGUGUUUAUAAAAUGUCAUCUGAGUGAGUCAGUAGGCAUAAAGGACUGAAGAUGAAGGUGAAGUCUGAUCAGAUCACUCAUGAUUUUACACCGGGGGACAUAGUGUUUGCCAAGAUGAAGGGAUAUCCAUUCUGGCCUGCCAGAAUUGGUGAAGGAAAAGCCCCCCAAAAUAAGAUCCACAUCUUCUUUUAUGGAACACACUCAACAACGUUUCUGUUCCCCAAAGACAUCGUCCAUUACUGGCCAAACAAAGAGAAGUAUGGCCAGACAACCAAACGUGGCGGGUUUGAGGAGGGCAUGUGGGAGAUCGAGAAUGACCCGGGGGUUGGCGUCAAAGGUCAAAAGAAAUCAGCUCUAGUGAAACGACUGGCAGAGAGUCGACUGAAAUUCAAGAAGAAGAAAGCAGUAAAUCAGAGUGGAAAGAAGAGCCAGACUGUUUCCUGUAAAGAAUCACUGUCGAAAAGUGAUUCAAAAUCAGUGACGACAAAUAAAAGAGAAACUCCUGUGAAAAUCAGCAGCACUCCCAAAACAAAGUCUGAAACUGGAAACGAGGUUAAAACAGCUGGGAAAAUGUCAACACGUUCGAGAGAUUCUGGAGGACAGACGCCUGUCACAAGAGCCCGCCGGACGAGUAGCACUCCACUUGCGAGGAAAGGGACCUCAGUGAAGACGGUCACAUCAGGAAAAAGGAUGCUGCCUUCCAGAAAAAUCAUUUUAGCCAGACGAGCUGCUGCAGCAAAGAUGCUUUCUGCUCGCAGGAAACACGUGCUGCAUGCAAAGAUUAUUUCUACUGUGACGAAAAUGACGGAUACGGAGAAUCAAAAAAAGCCCUUACGAAUCACACGGUCUAGUGCAGAUCUGAUCAAGACUAAAGCUGACGUCACGGAGAGAUCAGUGAAACCAGCCAGUCUGAAACGCAAACGCUCACAAACGGAGUCUUACGGCAAGAGAGACUCUCAUAUUUCUCUUCCCACGGCCAACAGCUCCACGCCGUCGAGUCCAACAGGCUCAAAGAGGAAACGGCGUGGAGAAGAGGAGACAUCAGUUCCUGACGAACCAGAGAAGAAUGAGACAAAGAAGAGAAAGAGAGAAGAGAAGGAAGAUCAUAGAGAGACUGAGAAUAAAUCCACACAUGUGAAGAGUGACGUUUUGAGCAUCUUUGAGAAGCAGGAGAAAAAAGACGAGAAGACACCAAGAGAUGAAGAGCGUUGUAAGAUCUUGGCCGAGAAGAGGCAGAGUGUGUUGCGGUCUCUGCAGGGUCUGGUCACGUCCACCAGAGGAAAAACACAAACAUCUACGACAGAACAAACAACCACGACUAAAACGACACCACAGGAGGAGGAGCAGCAGAAACGGCCCGCGAGGAAUCGUGGUGUGAGAUGCGAGAACCGCAGCCCGAUGAAACCAACAGAGGAGGAGAAAAAAGAUACAGCGCGGAACGGAGAACAGGAAGUCAAGAACACAGAGACGACACCGCACGAGGAGGUGCAGAAACGGCCCGAGAGGAAUCGUGAAGUCCGAUGUGAGAACCAUGACCGGAUGAAACCAAAAGAGGACGAGAAAAAAGAACCAGAGAAGGAUGUUGAACAGGAAGUUAAGAACACAGAACAGCAGAACAAUAACAGCACAGAAGACGAAAGCAGAGAUCGGUUUCUGUCCAUCACAGACUCUUUACUCUACCGGCUCCACGAUGACAUCAGAAUCUCAAUGACGCUAGACAACCCAGAUGUGAGUAAGUGUUUAUUGGCUCUGGAUGAGUUGAGUACAGUCCCUGUCUCGUCUCGACACAUUCAGAACCACAGCGAGCUCAUAGACACCCUCAGAAAGAUGCGCUGGUUUCGUGGCAGUGAAGCGAUCAUGUUCAAAGCUUCUAUGUUGUAUCAUCGCUUUAAAAACAUCUACCUCAUCGGAGAUGGAGAUGAAACUCUGAGUCAAGAGUACAUCAACUCACUGCAGGUGGAGAGAGAGAAAGAGAGCAGAGAGACAGGACGACAAACAGACAGAUGCUGGAGCAGUUAUCAGUCUGACGGGCAUCAGCGAAAAGACCACAGACCUGAAACAUGCACUUUAAACAACUGAACGGGUGCCUCACAAUGCUGCCAUGGAGGACAAGAGCUGACAGGACCCCGAAGUUCACUUCCUGUUUUUUAACUUCAUCUUGUUAUCAUCUGUUCUACACUCAGACUUUUCACUGUUGGAGAGAGUUUUUCUGAUCUGUUAUGCAGUUAUUUAUUUCCCCUGUGAUCAGUAGCGGUUCUAGCUUGUAUGGCGCCCUGGGCGAAACCCACUUCAACACGCCCCCGAAGUUCAUAGCUCGUGCCACCCCCCCACAAGAUGCCACCCUGGGCAACUGCCCAUGUCGCCCAUGCCUAAAUCUGCCACUGCCUGUGAUGAACAGAGUUUGUCAACAUUCCCCAUCCAAAACUAUUUUUCAUUUUGUAUAAAUCAUGAAUUCCUCUCUCCUCGCCGUCAGUAUUUUAAGAGCUAAUCUGAGAUUUUUAAAAAUCUGUAAUCCUCAUGCUGCUGCUCUGAGGUCUGAUUUUUACUUAUGUGUGUCAUCAUUUAUUCACUUCAUAGUUCUAUACCCAAAUGACUUUUUUUCCUGCGUUCUCCCUAACAUCUCAUUUUGUGUUCAUGUGGGUUUAGAACGACAUAAACUUGAGUAAAUGAUGACAGAACGUUCGUUUUUGGGUGAACUAACCCUUUAACCCCAAAUAUGUUGCUGUCAGCAGUACAGAGCAAUGUUUGUAUAUCCAUGCUUUCUCAUUUGAUGGUUUACUUCAGUGUGUCAAGACAUGAAUGCUCAUAGAGAGAGAAAAUAUUUCUGGAUGUUCUAAAUUUCUGAUGUUUGUUUUCAUCCUGUGAGUCCACCAUCAGCCCACAGAACACUUAUCAGACCAAGAUCAGACUUCACCAAACACAGAUCUCUGUGUUUUCUGAGAUCUGAUCUGUGUUAAAAUGCUUUGCUUGUGAUUUGUGUGUUUGUUUUGAGGUCUGAUCUCAGUGAAAGUGAUUUGAGUGUUUGUUUCAAGGUCUGAUCUCGGUGAAAGUGAUUUGUGUGUUUGUUUUGAUGUCUGAUCUCAGUGAAAGUGAUUUGAGUGUUUGUUUUGAGGUCUGAUCUCAGUGAAAGUGAUUUGAGUGUUUGUUUUGAGGUCUGAUCUCAGUGAAAGUGAUUUGAGUGUUUGAGGUCUGAUCUCAGUGAAAGUGAUUUGUGUGUUUGUUUUGAGGUCUGAUCUCAGUGAAAGUGAUUUGAGUGUUUGUUUUGAGGUCUGAUCUCAGUGAAAGUGAUUUGUGUGUUUGUUUUGAGGUCUGAUCUCAGUGAAAGUGAUUUGAGUGUUUGUUUUGAGGUCUGAUCUCAGUGAAAGUGAUUUGUGUGUUUGUUUUGAGGUCUGAUCUCAGUGAAAGUGAUUUGAGUGUUUGAGGUCUGAUCUCAGUGAAAGUGAUUUGUGUGUUUGUUUUGAGGUCUGAUCUCAGUGAAAGUGAUUUGUGUGUUUGAGGUCUGAUCUCAGUGAAAGUGAUUUGUGUGUUUGUUUUGAGGUCUGAUCUCAGUGAAAGUGAUUUGAGUGUUUGUUUUGAGACAAACACAAAUCACUUUGUUUUGAGGUCUGAUCUCAGUGAAAGUGAUUUGUGUGUUUGAGGUCUGAUCUCAGUGAAAGUGAUUUGAGUGUUUGAGGUCUGAUCUCAGUGAAAGUGAUUUGAGUGUUUGUUUUGAGACAAACACAAAUCACUUUGUUUUGAGGUCUGAUCUCAGUGAAAGUGAUUUGUGUGUUUGAGGUCUGAUCUCAGUGAAAGUGAUUUGAGUGUUUGAGGUCUGAUCUCAGUGAAAGUGAUUUGUGUGUUUGAGGUCUGAUCUCAGUGAAAGUGAUUUGUGUGUUUGUUUUGAGGUCUGAUCUCAGUGAAAGUGAUUUGAGUGUUUGUUUUGAGACAAACACACAAAUCACUUUGUUUUGAGGUCUGAUCUCAGUGAAAGUGAUUUGAGUGUUUGAGGUCUGAUCUCAGUGAAAGUGAUUUGAGUGUUUGAGGUCUGAUCUCAGUGAAAGUGAUUUGUGUGUUUGUUUUGAGGUCUGAUCUCAGUGAAAGUGAUUUGUGUGUUUGUUUUGAGGUCUGAUCUCAGUGAAAGUGAUUUGUGUGUUUGUUUUGAGGUCUGAUCUCAGUGAAAGUGAUUUGAGUGUUUGUUUUGAGGUCUGAUCUCAGUGAAAGUGAUUUGUGUGUUUGUUUUGAGGUCUGAUCUCAGUGAAAGUGAUUUGAGUGUUUGUUUUGAGGUCUGAUCUCAGUGAAAGUGAUUUGUGUAAUUGACAGGAUGAAGACAAAUAUUCUGUUUUUACAAUGAAAUAUAAAUUCAUCACUAAUAUAUUUCCAUUCUCCUCUACAACAAAGCAUUAAAUCACAGCAGCAUUAUAGCUAUAUAAAGCUUAGACAGUUUAACAGUUUUAUUUUAUCGCUGAUGGCUGAUGGCUUUAUCAUUGUGACUGUAAAUACGACACUACGAUUGAAUGGGAACUCCAAAUUAUCCAAGGACUGAUAACAACUGGAAAAAUACCACUCAGCAGUAUCUGAAAAUACAGCUUAUUGAACGUCGGCAAUCUGGGAAGAUAUACCAACAAGACACAUCCCAUAAUUAAAGACUUAAUAGUUUCCCGAACAGUUUGGAGGUUUGUUCUCUUUGUAAAAUGUGUACGUCAAUUACUUGUUAAACACAAGCAUUAAAAUGUUUAAUUGUGUGUUUACACAGGGCAGCUACAUCAUCAUACAGUUACACCAUCUUGAAACGGACUCUUUUACACACAAUCUGGAUUGAAAUCGGUGCUAACACAACAGAUGCCUGUGUCAUUAAAGCAUUAAGCCGUAACGUAUUACAGCAUUGUUCAUCAUGGUCAAACAACUCUAGAUUUAUAUUAGAAAGCACUUGCAUGUGCUUUCUGUGUUGAUAUUGCAGUUAAAUGUGACCUUCCAGUAGAAUACAGUCAAUCUGCAAUAUCAUCUGUUGCUUAUGUUGUGAUUUUAUCUGAUUAUUGUGUUCAAACUUUGAAUGUGUUAUCCUGUGAAUUAAAGUUGCUUAGAAUCUUUUAAACAUCUUUCUCUCAACAUAUAUACCUAGACAAACAUUCCUAGGAUAAACAACAAAGCUGUCUAACCUGCAAGUGUCAAGCUGACUCAUCAUGACUAGAUGCACCAAAAAUCCUGCUGAUUUACAAUGUGCCAGUAAUGCCCAGAAAUGAAGUUUUUCCACCAUAUGCUGUGCACUUGCAGUGUAGACAGCAUUGUUGAUUAUAAUGCAAGCAUUCUUUUGUUGCGUUAUAGCAUAGUAGCACACUACACUAACUAUUGUACUCUUCUGGAUAAGCCUACAAAUUGACAUCAUAACUAAACGGCUCUAUAUCAAGCAUAUAUUUUAACAUCUCUUUCUUGUCCCAUUAUUUGAUCAGAAUGCCGAACGUAGACUUUUUUACACAUAAUUUGAUUAAAAAGGCAAAAUAGCCUUAUUUAUUUCUGAGAUGACAAUUGAAAGCCACUCACUGUAUUAAACAAGUCAAGUCAUUUUUAUUUGUAUAACGCUUUUCACAACACACAUCGUUUCAAAGCAGCUUUACAGGCAAUCAUGCAUUAACAGAAAAUGAAACUGUAAUAUCUAUAAAGUCUUAAGAGUGAUCAUUGUGUAGUUUGAUUAAAUACGAUUGUAAAUUGUGUAUAAAAAUAAAUAGCUAAAUAAUAAUUGUAUUUAGAACGCCAGUGGUUAAACAUCUAAUUUACUGCUUGUCAGUAGAUUGAAAUAAUGAAUGCAAUUUAAUUGUGUGAUUCCAGUAGUUUCAAAGAUUGUAUGUUCUUCAAUAAAAACAGUUGUUUUAUGGAGUUGUUCAAUUAAAACAAAUAAAUAAACUUGUUUACUUGUUUUUA